UUGGGCUCUGCCUCCAGGCUGGCAGCAUUCAUGUCUCCCUUCACCCAACCCAAAGAUGCCUCCGCUUCCUGUGUCUGCUCCGCGGUUGCAUCUCCAGCCAGCGAGUCCUGACUUCACCCGUCUUUAGACACCUGCCGUGUGGAUGAGGGACACUGGGUGAGAAAGGCAACACAACGCAAGAGCCUCGGUUUCCCCCAAAGGAGAGAGAGACAGGGAGGAUGGUGGAUUACCCAGGCUACAGUCUGCCCGGUGUGGCUGCCUCUUUGCUCUUCCUUCUGCUGACUGUGAAGCACCCAGAUGACUUCAGAGUAGUGGGGCCUGCCCUUCCCAUCCUGGCCAAAGUCGGGGAAGAUGCCCUGCUAACAUGCCAGCUCCUCCCCAAGAGGACAGCGGCGCACAUGGAGGUGCGGUGGUACCGCUCUGACCCCGACACACCUGUGACUGUGCACCGGGACGGAGCCGAGGUGGCGGGGCAACAGAUGGAGGAAUACAGAGGCAGGGCGGAGUGGACAGACGACGGCACUCACGAGGGAAGUGUGGCCCUGAAGAUCCACCAGAUCCAGCCAGGUGACGAUGGGCAAUACUGGUGCCGCUUCCAGGAAGGGGACAACUGGAAGGAGGCAAGCGUGCUGCUCCGAGUGGCGGCCCUAGGAUCUUCUCCAACCAUCCACAUGGAAGGAGCUGGAGAAGGAGGGAUCCAGCUUGUGUGCACGUCCCAGGGCUGGUUCCCUGAGCCUGAGGUCUAUUGGGAGGCCACCUGGGGAGAAGAGUUGUUGAGUUUCUCUCAGAACCACGUGCUGGGUGAAGAUGGGCUGUUCUAUGUGGAGGACACACUAGUGGUCAGGAAUGAUACUUCAGAGACCUAUUCCUGCUUCAUCUACAACCGUUGCCUCGAAGAGGCCAAGGAGGCCGCCAUUGCCCUGCCAGAGAAACUCCAGACAGAGCUGGCUUCCUCAAGGGUGAUUGGACCUUCCCAGCCCAUCCUUGUCCGAGUCGGAGAGAACAUAGAAAUAACGUGUCACCUGUCACCUGAAGCUGACGCUCAGAGCAUGGAGGUGAGGUGGGUCCGGUCCCACUACUACCCCGCAGUCCACGUGCAUGUGGGCGGGGCCCACGCGGCGGGAGAGCAGAUGGCAGAAUACAGGGGGAGGACUGCGGUGAUGAGAGAUGCCGUCCACGAGGGAAAGCUGACCCUGCGGAUACACGAUGCCCGAACUUCAGAUGAUGGGAGGUACCGGUGCCUUUUUGGAAAAGACGGUGUCUACCAGGAGGCCCGUGUGGAUGUGCAGGUGAUGGCAGUGGGCUCCACCCCGCGGAUCACCCAGGAGGUCCUGAAGGAUGGCGGCUUGCAGCUGAGAUGUACAUCUGAUGGGUGGUUCCCACGGCCCCAGGUGCAGUGGAGGGACAGAGGCGGAAGGGCUGUACCAUCGUUUUCCGAGGCCUUUCAUCAAGGGAGCCAGGGGCUGUUCCAGGUGGAGACGCUUCUGCUGGUCACAAACGGCUCAGUGGUGAAUAUGACCUGCUCCAUCAGCCUCCCUUGGGGCGAGGGGAAAGCUGCAUGGUUUUCCCUCUCAGACUCCAAGAUAGCUUUGUUAUGGAUGGCCCUGCCUGUUCUGGUGCUGCCUCUUGCCAUGGCUAUUGACCUGUUGAAGGUGAAGCGCCCUAGGAAAGACCAGAAACACCACAACAAUCAGCAACAUCUCAAGAAUGAUGGAAGCCACACAAGGACUUCCCUCUGACAAGAGACUCUGAUUUAAAAAAAUGCAAGCCUUGUGCAUCCCACUUUCUGAAUAUCCCAUCUUUCCCUUCAAUGAGCUUCACCUGCUGCUGUCCAAAGGGUUCUUCAUGGAGCAGGACCCAUUCCUGUUGUUCACAGUGAGGGACACCUCUACCAGAGUCAGCACAUCAUCAUCUUGGCACAGUGAUGGCAUCUUCCCUCCCUUUGCGCCCUUCUGCUUUCCCUCAGGCUGGGGACCAUCCCUCACCUGUGCACAGCCGUUUUAUGCCAUCACCUUCUGGACCCGUCAGGAGGAUAUAAGAAGGAAAACCUAGAUCUGGAGAGAAAUGCC